AUGCACGCGUUACCUGUUAGCUCGGCAUUCAGUGUAAAAGGUUCUGUUCGCAGAGCUGCCCUGCUCGCACUGGAGACUCGUUCUCACUCGGUCUCACCGUUCUCUGCGCCUGCCCCUGAGGCGAUGCGGGGGGACCAAGGCACCAGUACAGGCAGCCGGCUGUGCUUGUUGUGCACGAUGACAUCCGUGCGUUGGAGGAAAUCUGUAAAUGGUGGCAUGACACAGGAGCCUGUGGCACCUGUGCAAGCAGCACCUGAUCAAAGCCGAGACAUUAUUGCUUCUGCUCAGUGCAUCUUGGACAGAGAAAAUUUUGUGAGGGAGCUGGACAGAUAUUUGAAGCACAGUGAUUUCCUAGAUCUGAGAAAGACAGAGCUUCUGUACAAAAAAUAUCUUGAGAACGUUUCAGAGCCACUUAUGCAAAAAAUGAAGAACAAAAUGGACAGCCAGUUAGAGAAAGAAGUGUGGAAAAGGAGACAAGAACAAUUCUCUCAAUAUUUAAACUACUGUACAAAGAAGGGCUAUGUGUUUUUGGAUGAUUAUGACCCAUCAGAGUAUGAUCCAUUCUUCCAGAAGACGUGCACAGACUGCUGGAAGGUGUGA